UCUCGUUACUCAUUCACUCGUCAUCGUCGUCGUCGCCCUCCUCCCCUCGCCACUCGGUCCUCUCGACUCCCCAUCUGCACUCGUCCUUGCCUCGCACAAUCAUUCGUCCUUGCUUCUCGAGACUGGCUUCUCCUGCCCCCAACAGCGCGCGCCUUUCACCCAUCACCCAUCACCCAAACAUCAAGGCACGCUGAUAACACUCCACCCGCCACCAUGUCCGACACAGUGCCAGCACAAAACGUGCUCGCGCUCAUUCAGAGCCUGCGGCUGACACCGCCGCGCCUCAUCCUCUCGCCGCCCACGCAGCCCCGUCGCGCCUCCGUCGCUCUCAUCAUUCGGAUGAAGCCGGCGCCCGGCCUCGUCUUCGAGGGCGCUGUGCCCAAUGGGUAUGCGGGACCCGUCGUGCCGCAGGAGGAGUUUGGCGUCGGCAUGCAGUUUGACGAUUUCUUGCGGCUGGAUUGGGUCAACCACCCCGACACGGUGCCGGAGCUUCUUUUUAUCCGGCGCGCACCCGCGGGCGGUGGCGGCAGUCGAUGGAGUAGCCAUAUCGCUUUCCCCGGUGGGCGGCAGGAGCCCUCCGAUGACAGCGCGGUCUACACCGCUCUCCGUGAAACGUGGGAGGAGAUCGGCAUCGACCUCGCAGAGUCCAACUUUGUUCAGGUUGGGCGGCUUGACGAGCGCGAAAUCACGACGUCGCUCGGCAAACGUCUUCUCAUGAUUCUGUCUCCAUUCGUGUUCCUCCAAACCUCGCCAUUCUCGCCCACGCCCGAACUUCAAGCGUCCGAGGUCUCGACAGUGCACUGGAUCCCCAUGUCAUCUCUCACCCCACCAUUCGACGCAGGGCAGUGGUCUUACAUCGACAUCGACAUCAGCACGCGCCUGUCUCCCCGGAACCAGCUUGUGCGGUGGGCGCUGCGCGGGCUGGUCGGCAAGAUGCAGUUCGGAUGUAUUCUGCUGCCGGACGAGCCCGACUUUGUUGCCGAAGGCUUCGAUAUGAGCAUGGAGUUCGAGGAGCCGCCUGAGGGCGGGAGCGGGACAUGGUAUGACGCUUCGAGCGGGAAGCGCCUCCUGCGCCUCUGGGGCCUCAGUCUCGGCAUGAGCCUUGAUCUCGUCGCCCAUUGCCCCAACCAGGAAAGCAAUGCGCGCCUCCUUACGCCCGGGACGCCGACAUCGAGUCGCUUCCGCUCAAACUCGACCAGCAGCUCACCGACGCGCUCGACCAUUUUUGGCCCACGCACACCCGUGACAGUCAACUCGACAUUCGACCAGCAGUGGUUCAGCAGCGACGCGAGCACGCCUGGCGCGCGCACCACGACGGCCAUGGCGGACUCUCACAGCAAGCCCAAGAGCAAGCUGAGCGUGCAGAUUAUCGAGAAGCGACGCCGCGGCGUCGGCCCCGGAGUAACCGCCGUUUUCCCACGCUUCUCAUACCCGGACGUCAACUUCUGGAUCUGGGUCUUUGGCCGGCGCUACCGCCAAGUCGUGCGGAGCUGGGAGGAGAGCGUGCACGGGCCGGACCGGGCGGCGGAUCGGCGUACCAAUUGGUCGGGCGCGGCGCUGAGCACAUUCUAUCAGGCGGUGCGGCAUGCGCUUGUGGUGGCCAUCAUCAUCCGCGGACUCGCGACGCUCGGCGGCAUCGCGGGCCUGACGUGGUGGUUCUUGCGCACCGUCAAGGCGUCGGGGGAGCUCUAGAACGGGGGCCGAGCAUAGAGACAGAGAGUCAGAAGUUGUCCAGUAUAACGACACAUGUAUUUGUUCAUGCUCUGUGGUGAGCAUGGUGAGG